AUGGAUCGUGGGUGUUAUGUUCAGCACCUCUGGGUGUUGUUUGUCACGAUUUCGGAUGAAGUGUGGGAAUCAGAGGCAGAUACGACGCGUGGAGGAGCACAUCGAUCGUACGGAGGUUAUGGCGGUUACGUCGGAUUCAGUAUCAGUGUUAGGCCGAAGUCGCGGGGGCAAACAGAGUGGGAGACGACGAUGAUGGCUGAAUCUAUAGCGGAUUGCACGCAGUUGUUCGAAACCGGAGCAAUCAACGUGGUUGUGAAUGCGGAAGGCUCAUGGAUAACGAUGAUGUCGGUGAGUUUCCCGGAAUCGGAAGAUGGGGUCGCGCAGAGGUUUCUAUGUUUUGCUGCUCAAAAUUUCCUUUCUUGCAAUGAUGAAGUCUUCGCUUGA